AUGAUGAUAUUCAAAUAUUGUGUUUGGCCGAGUGUAUCCAAGGACGAGGAUACCAAACAUUCGCCUGUUAUAAAAACAUGUAACGAUGUGGAAAUUAUUAAAAAAUCACUUUUCCACUGCUGUCCGUGCGCAUUUCGGCGUAGGCGGCCUAUUGAUAUUGAAACUAACGCUGAUUUAUUAUCAAUUAACACCGAGCUUCCGGUUCUUGUUCCUACGCCUGUUAUUUCUCUAACGCCUAAUCAAUGCAAUGAAUUAGACAAAGCUAAUGCCGACGAAGAGUUUAAUCACAAAAAUAUUUGUAACUCAACGCAAAUUAAUACGCAGCGGAUAAAUAAUCUGAAUGACCUUUCUUCUCAUUAUUUGGGUCGCGAUCGAGAAUCGUAUGAGGUCUCAAGUGACUCGUCCAAUGAUAGAGACAACGAGCCGCUUCAAGAUCAUAAGGUCAAUGAGGAUAAUUCUCUUCGGAGUGCUUCCAUUAUUCCCAAGUCCUUUGACAUUAUUACACAAGAAUCUAAUCCGUCUAGAAGAAAUUCUAUCGACCAGAUACCAGUAACAAUACUGUCAAGUGCGACGAAUUCAACAGACUUGGAUAAAGAAACGAGUUCUGAUGACAUAGCCUCCGGGCGCGAGCUAGACAGUGAUGAUCCUUUGACUCGUAAUCCAGCUUCAGGCUCUUCAGUUCUGUCUAAUGAGAGCAGCUCAGUUGAUGAAGCGAUAAGGGAUGUUAUAAGUCCUAACCGCAGGAGCGGGAUCCAAGCUAUUGCCUUUGACGAACACGAUAGUCCGGAUGUAUCUCUGGCUUACGAUCGAGAUUACUCGACCGAGCUGCAGAUUGAUAUCGAGUCGAGAGUGUGUUCUUCCAUAAAUUCUCCUAAUAAAUUCUUCCACUCGCCUGCGCAUCUUGCUGAAGGUGAAAAAUCAUUUUCUCGAGCUGAAGAUUUGGACGUAAAUGAAGAUGAAGACGAAGAAGAAGAAGAAGAAGAAGAUGAGCAAAUUGAAGAUGAUGUCGAGGAAAAUGAGAGCGAAGAUGCAAAUCGUAAUUUCGAGGAAGAGGAAGGGGAUAAAGACGUAUCGGAAGAUAAAAUUGAUGAGAUGUCGGGAUCUAUCGGUACUUCCAAUACGACAAGCUUCAGCAUUACUGGAAUAACCACAACGUCUUCUUUAACCGCAUCUACGUCAACAUCUUCUUUAAACCCGGAGACUGUGAAGAAUUUAGUUUCGAUAGUCGUCGCGUCUCGACCUCAUUCUCGAGCAGCGGCUGAGUAUCAUGAAACCACCGCCGCCGUCACCUUUCAGCCUCUCGACAUCCGGCAAUUCCGUGAGGAAACCUCUGCUUCCGGAGCCACCGAAGCCUCAGCUAUCCAUGACCCGAAUGAUGAUACUCUUGCAAUAAAAUCAGAUGACCGUGAUGAGGACAUUUCUGUUACCAGCAAAAUAGUUUCUGUGAUUAAAGAUCCAUCGGAUGAAAAUCCUGACACAGAAAUUCAUGUUGUAACAAUAGAAAAAAUUCAUCAAACGUUAACAAGCUCCAGGGAAAAUGGAACAGUAGCAGAAAUCGCCCGGAUCCAUAUGGACAAUAAUGAAAUAGAAACAACGACAAAGAUAUUGCAAUCAAAAGUACCGCGUAGCAGAACAAAAAUGAAAACAGGAUUCAAUAAAGUUUCUCCAGCGCUACCGAUUAAUACUGAAAAAAGUUUUAACAAAUCAAAGCCAAUUAUUCCACAAUGCUUUGCCCAGCUUGAAAGCAAUGACUGGGAAGUCGCGAUAAAAGGACUGAAAGGGUUGUCGAUUAUAGCAAGACAGCAGAGCGAAGUAUUGGACAAGUGUCCCCAAGGUCUGGUCGGUCGAUUGCUAGCUCGUCAUAUCAAAAAUUUGAGAUCCCAGGUCGCUCGAACUGCUUGCAUGGCCGCUGGUGACGUUUUUGAGUCUCGAUCGCGGUGUCUUGAUCAUGAUCUUGAUGAAAUUGCUGGACCGUUACUGCACAGAACAGCAGACACCAACAGAUUUUUACGAUCUGAUAGCAACGCGGCUCUUGAUCGUAUGAUAGAACACCUUCCGCCUCAUCGUACAAUAUCUGUUAUUAUUUAUCGCGGCGCUAGUCAUCAAAAUGCUAUCGUGAGAGCAUCCACGAGUAGACUUUUAGCUUCUGUCGUCGAACGUAUGGGACCAGACGCGGCUAUGACACUUCCACGAGAUGUUAGAGAAAAGUUGCUAAGUAGCGGUGCUAAACUUUUAAUGGAUGCUAACUUAGAUGCGAGGAACCACGCUAAGAUGAUGUUCAAACAGCUGUCAAGAUGCGAAGGAUUUAGAAAAGCAUUAAAAGACACCGUCCCAGACACAACGCUUCGUCAUAUUGAUAAAACACUACGAUCACUAUAA